CCACUCCUUCCUUUUACUUGUGCCGCUUUAACCUCUUUCUGUUUAAAAAUAAAUUUAAUUUUAGUAUUUAAUUAAUCAUUCAGCAUAUUGAAUUUUGCUCUGAUAUCGCUUUCUGACUUUACUCUGAUACCACUUUAUUAAAAAUAGUGAAUUAUACAAAUAAGUACAACUUUAUAUAAUUUGAAAGAAAAAUAAAAAAAGAAAUAUAUUAUUUCACUUUUACUAAUUUAUCUUAUUCUUUUACUCACUUAACUAUUCUCUCUGGGUAUAAUACAUGAAUUUACAUAUAUUCUAAGACAUGCCUAACCAAUUACAUUUUUAUACCUAAUUACACCCACUACAUGACAUUUAGUGGGUGUAAGUUUAUGACUCCCACUUCCUCUUCAGUAAUUUGUCAAUCAGCCGCUGGUACUGGUGCCGCUUUUACUGGUAAACCCACUCCUUUCGCUUUUACUAGUGCCGCUUUAACUUCUUCCUCUUCCUCUUCCUCUUCCAGAACUUUGUCAAUCACCCGCUGCUAUUGACUAUCAUCAAAUGAUUCGUUCCAGAACGACUAUCAUCAGUGAUGAUAAUGCAAUUCAUCCACUGGUUCCUGCUGAAAAUCAAAAACCCUGUGGUGUCGCUGGUACUCCAUUACUCCAAGUUUCAGUACCUCCAUGGGAAAGUUGGGGUCUAGAGGGUCGGAGUACUACUACUUCACUGAGAAAUAAUAGAAUCGAACAGGUUCAAGCUAAAGAUCACGUGAUAACCAUUUUUUCAACACCACAAUACAGCAAUAAUGGAGAGGCAACCUUCGUCUCCGACUUCAAACAUAUGAAACCCCAAAUGUAAAGAGACAUCACAAUGGGAAAGCAUCCUGAUCAUGAGUUUAAACUCGACGUUGAAGAAGAAGAUGAUACAGCAGACUAAAAGCGGAUUAUCAGUGCCCGUGGGAACACCAUUCUUCAUGUUGCCUCCAGUUUAGGCCAUUCGGGCCUUGUCGACCAGAUACUCAGCAGGCACUCUAAUUCCAACCUAAUCUUCAACAGAAACACCACUGGCAACCUUGCUCUCCAUUUGGCUGCUGCUGCUGGCCAUCAAACUGUCGUCCAGAUUCUGGUUCGUCAUGCAGAAGCUUAUGGUUCGCUGGAUCUACUCGUCCAAGAAAAUGAGGACAAGAAUACUGCAUUGCAUCUUGCCAUUAAAAAUCAUCACCACGAAUUGGCUAUUUUCUUAGUUGAGAAGAAUCCAGAUGCCACCAUAAGAGUAAACCGCGAAGAAGUUUCUCCCUUGUAUAUGGCCGCUGAAGCAGGCGAUGUGGAGCUUGUGAACACUGUGCUCCAGAAAAGACCUGCUGAUGAGAUGGGAUUUUUCCAAGGCAAGUCACUUGUUCAUGCUGCCAUUCAAGGGAUGAACAAAGACGUCUUAGAUGCCGUAAUGAGGCACCAAUCCUCUAACAUGCCAACAGAUGUCUUACACAUGGUAAAGAGAUAUCAGACAACUUCCAUUGCUACUUCUGUGGAUGGAAGGCCUUCUUACUGUAUUUCAUUCGAUGAUGGAGUGAAGAGUGAGACAUCAUUUUGUUUUGUUCUGCUUGAUGAAGAAGGGAAGACUCCUCUUUCCUUUGCAUCCUCCAUUGGUUACCUAAAAGGUGUUUGCUACUUCUUAGACAAAUCUUUUGAUGCAACAUACACAAGAGACCAGGAUGGGUCUUAUCCCAUUCACGAGGCAUCCAAGAGAGGCCAUGUCAAGAUUAUAAAAAAGUUUAUCCAACGCUGCCCUGAUUCAUGGGAGCUGCUCGACAGAGAAGGUAAAAAUAUUCUUCAUGUGGCUGCUGAGAGUGGGAAAUGGAAUGUUGUAAAGUACAUUCUUGGGACAUCCGGGCUUGCCAUGCUUAUUAAUGAAAGAGAUAAAAAAGGAAACACCCCACUGCAUUUGGCAACCAAGAAUGGGCAUGCUCGGGUUGUGACUAUCAUGACAUGGGACAAUAGGGUUGACUUGGCCUAACAGCUUUGGAUGUUUCAGAUAACGACAGUGAGACAGCAUACUCAUUUGAAAGGCGGCUGACAUGGCUAGCCCUGAGAUAUGCUGGCGCACCACAAGCUAAGAACCUGAGUACUUCCAGAGUGAGCAAGCAAUCUCCUUCCAUGAUGAAAACCCAAAGACCAAAGCGUCAGCAUGAGCCACUCAACAUGGAAAGUUACAAAGACAGGGUCAACACACUGUUGGUGGUGGCAACACUAGUGGCCACUGUGACCUUUGCGGCUGGUUUCACGAUGCCAGGAGGAUUUAACAGUUCCGAUGAUCCACACAAAGGCAUGGCAGUUCUCCUUGAAAAGCGUAUGUUCUGCGUCUUCCUCAUAAGUAAUACCAUAGCUAUGUAUAGUUCCAUCAUUGUUGACAUUCUUCUCUUUUGGGCACUUAUGAAUGAUCUAAGAUUGGGCCUCAGUUCUCUCGAAGUAGCAGUACCCUUGUUGGGAAUAUCUCUUUUAAUGGUCUCCUUGGCCUUCAUGGCAGCUAUUUAUCUAGUAGUGAGCAACCUCACUUGGCUUUCCGCUGUUGUUCUAAUCAUUGGCUCUCUCUCUCUCCUCACUCUUUCGCUACUAAUUCUUCCUCUCUCCUUCCCAAUUUCCUUGCACCAUCGCAUCUCUCCGUACAUCAUCCGCUAUCCAUUUUAUCUUUUGAUAUUAGUAAUGGAAAGAAUCAGUACCAAGGAAUAAUCAGAUGCAUGCCCUCUUUCUGGCCUUUUGUGAAAUGCAAAAAUUUGGUUGUAUUGUCUAAGGCCUCAUCCAUCUGUUCUGUAGUAUUGCUGUCCUUGUUGGUUUAGUGUGUGUGUUUGCAUAAGCAGUUUGUGCGUGUAAGCUUGCGGUUUUUUAUGUUCUUGAUAACUGGUCUUUUGGAGGGAAUGGUCUACUCCCUUGUACUCUGAGGAUUCACCCUCUGUUUACUACUAGUUUUUGUUUAAUAUUUGCUUUAUGUUGUAAUGAGCCAACUGGAAUGAUAUCUUAUCAGAGCAGUGGUAUUUGGACUUAAACUUUUGGCAGAAUACUUGAAUAUAAUAUAUUUGAUCUAACUUUUUUUAUA